UCGGGGGAAAGGGAUGAAUGUUAAUUUCAAAGAUGGCGGCGGAGGGAGGAGGGAAGGAGAUGAACGAAAUCAAAACUCAGUUCACCACCCGGGAAGGCGUCUACAAACUCCUCACACACUCCGAAUACAGCCGUCCCAAUAGAGUGCCUUUUAACUCGCAGGGCUCCAACCCGGUCAAGGUCUCCUUCGUCAACGUCAACGACCAGUCGGGAAACGGCGACAGGAUCUGUUUCAAUGUGGGCCGUGAGCUUUACUUCUACAUCUACAAAGGCGUCCGAAAGGCCGCCGACCUGAGCAAGCCCAUCGACAAGCGCAUCUACAAGGGAACACAGCCCACCUGUCACGACUUCAACCACCUCACCGCCACGGCCGAGAGCGUUUCGCUUCUGGUGGGCUUCUCUGCCGGGCAAGUGCAGCUCAUCGACCCCAUCAAGAAGGAGACGAGCAAGCUCUUCAACGAGGAGAGACUAAUAGACAAGUCCAGGGUGACCUGCGUGAAGUGGGUCCCGGGCUCCGAGAGCCUCUUCCUGGUGUCGCACGCCAGCGGCAACAUGUACCUGUACAACGUGGAGCACACGUGCGGCACAACGGCGCCGCACUACCAGCUCCUCAAGCAGGGCGACAGCUACUCGGUGCACACCUGCAAGAGCAAAUCCACGCGGAACCCGCUGCUCAAAUGGACGGUAGGCGAGGGGGCCCUCAACGAGUUAGCCUUCUCCCCGGACGGCAAGUUCCUGGCGUGCGUGAGUCAGGACGGCUUCCUGCGCGUCUUUAACUUUGACGCGGUGGAGCUGCACGGCACCAUGAAGAGCUACUUUGGCGGCCUGCUGUGCGUAUGCUGGAGCCCCGACGGCAAGUACAUCGUGGCGGGCGGCGAGGACGACCUGGUCACCGUCUGGUCCUUCCUGGACUGCCGGGUGAUCGCCCGCGGCCACGGCCACAAGUCGUGGGUGAGCGUGGUGGCCUUCGACCACUACACCACCAGCGUGGAGGAGAGCGACCCUCUGGAGUUCAGCGGCAGCGACGAGGACUUCCAGGAGCACUUGGCCAACUCGGGGCGGGACCGCGCCAACAGCACGCAGUCGCGCCUCUCCAAGCGCAACUCCACCGAGAGCCGACCCGUCAGCGUUACGUACCGCUUCGGCUCGGUGGGCCAGGACACUCAGCUGUGCCUGUGGGACCUCACUGAGGACAUCCUGUUCCCGCACUUGCCUCUUUCGCGGACACGGACGCACACCAACGUGAUGAACGCCACCAUCUCGCCGCCCGGCUCCACCAUACUCCCUUCCGGUACAAACGCCACCAACGGAAGCACCGGCGGAGCCGUCACUCCCGCUGUGAACUCCGUCUCUAGUGCGAUCCCGCGUUCCAACAGCCUGCCCCAUUCCACCUCUUCCGGCGCCGCCACCACCGCAACCGGCGUGUCCAAUAACGCGAACAAGCCGGGCGGCCUGAUGGACGGCGCCAUCGCCACGGGCGUCAGCAAGUUCGCCACGCUGUCGCUGCACGAGCGCAAAGAGCGCCACCACGACAAGGACCACAAGCGCAACCACAGCAUGGGCCACAUCAGCAGCAAGAGCAGCGACAAGCUCAACGUACUGACCAAGAGCAAGACGGACGCCGCCAAGACGCUGGGCACGCCGCUCUGCCCGCGCAUGGAGGACGUGCCGUUGCUCGAACCCCUCAUCUGUAAAAAGAUAGCGCACGAGAGGCUGACUGUGCUCAUUUUUUUAGAGGACUGCUUAGUGACUGCUUGUCAGGAAGGAUUUAUUUGCACGUGGGCCAGGCCGGGCAAAGUGGUGAGUUCUUUUUAACGCAGGGCCGACCCACGCGUGCGUCUCUCUGCAACUGACAAGCUCGUAGCAAUUCCAAGAUAUGAGUUGCAUAUCACAUGGCCUUCCCCCCCCCCCCCCCCCAUCCCUUCCCCCAGCUGCUCCUAUGCCAAAUCGCUAGAAAGACGAUCCUUUUGCGUUAGCGCAUCCUAUCGUGCGGUGUUUCCCAACCAGGAAAAUCUCAAGGGACACCACCAAGCUAAAAUGUCACCAAAAGUCCAUUAAGUUUAAUUUACACCAAGUUUAAUUGUACACUAUCGCCAUGUGGUGGAGGAGGAUUUAAUUAUUGUGUGUCUUCACCGACAUGUUGGGUGACUUUCCGCACCUUGGUGGUUGGGAAUCACCGCUCAGCUACUUUGCUCCGAACAAUCUCGUAUGCACUUCCGCGUGUGCUGACAGCUUAAGUCGUGUUGCAGUGCAGAAGGCGCCUUUAAAAAAUAAAAAAGUACUUCCAUCAAACCUCAGGCAGGGAUGAGCCAAUGAGGAUUCAUUUUUCACAAAAUGUCCCUUCCAAAUUUUCAAUGCACAAAUCGUAGGAAAAAUAUCUGACAAAAGAGUCGAAAGAUGAAUAUAUAUAAAAAGAAAUGUCGGUUAUAUUUUUAGUAUGUGCUGAAUGCCGUAAUUAUCCAAAUGAAACCAUUGACACUGAAAAUGGUGGAAUGCCAUUGUCAUUUCUUUCUGUUAUGAUUUGAGGAUGGCAAGGAGGUCCCAAAAAGUGUUAUGAGGCCUUGAUUUGAAAAAAAAAAGAAAUUAUAUAUAUAUAUAGAUAGAUAGAUAGAUAGAUAUAUCCUUGCCGAAAUCCUCAUUUCAAUGGCGAAAGUGAAAGUCGAUCACUGUGUCCGUGGCUUGGCCCAAUUUGGUGUUGAGCGCACACGUAAGGGUUGGGAAAAUCUCUCAAUCGGUUCCCCAUGUUUUUUCUAUUUUUAUUUUUUCUGAACAACAAAGUAUAAGUUCUAGAAAAGCUUUCAAUCAGCAAAUGUUUAAAUGCAGAACUGUGAAUAUAUAGGGGCUCACUCUAUUUGAAGUUUUCACUACUCUGAAGCAUUCAGAUGGCAUUAAACGGCUGCUUUUAAUGUCAAUCCCUAAAUGAGCAUAUUUUCCCCCCUUUUUGCUGCAGUUUGUAAAUUCUUUUUUUCCCCUCUUCUCCCAAAUGGAAAUCUCCAGGAUUUAUUGUCCUCCCAAAUCCAGCUCUCCCAACACAAUAAAUCUGCUGCUAAAGACAAAACCCACCCACGCAAGACACUGUCUCAUGCUGCUCUUCAUUUCCUCCGGAGCGAUGCAAAUUUUCCCUCAUUUUUGUAUUUUAGUUUGUUUUUGUAAAGAAAUCCCCUUUUGUCCUGCCUUUAUUGUUAUAACAGCAAUGUUUCCCAACAUCUAUUGAGCUAAGGUGCCUAUAUCAUGAAAAAGUAUUUGCCCUGUUUUUUUUUCUGGCCUGCGGUUCUUGAGAUAUUAUUCUGGGAUCCUUUAUGACCUCCUGGAAGAAUCGUUGUUGUGCUCUUGGGGGGAAUUUAUAUAGGCCGGCUGCUUGUGGGAAGGUUCAUUACUGUUCCACGGUUUCUCCAUCUGUGGCUGUUUAAUGGAGUUCUAAAGCUUUAGGAUUGUCUUUGUGUAACCUGUUUCAGACUGGUAGGUGUCAAUUAUGAAUUCUUGACUGAACACAUCUGGACGUAACUAGUUUCGGGUGUGGUCAGCAAAAAAUGAGCAAGCCACAGUUACUUUCUUAUUUAAGAAAGAGCCAGGUAGCUAAAAAUCACCAUUCAAGAAUUGUAUGAAUACGGAAAUUUAAAAAAAAAAAGGUUAACAUUUCAGAUUACUGCAAACACUUCACAUUAUUUUUGGUCCUAUUAAUGCAAUUGAACAAUGGUUGGGAAUCAGUGCUUUUGAGCAGAGGUGACAAUCUGGGAUGCUUGUUCAAACACGUGGCUAGCCUGAAAAAAUCUGACAGGUUAGUCGUUAUAUUUUCAAAAAAAAAAUUUAAUAGCAAAGGAAAAGGGUUGUCCACCCCUGCCUUAAGAGGAAGACUGCAUUAAGGGGAAAAAGGUUGUUCAACUUACCACAAUACUUUUUACUUAUUUUUACAUUCAUCUCAAAGCUCAUCCAGAGUGAACGGUUUUGUAACUAUUUUCUUUUUUUGUCAAUUUAAUUUAAAACUAGAAGUGUAGCUUAGACUGCUCAGGGGUAUUAGCAUUGAGUGGAGCUGUCUUUUUUUUUUUUUUUUUUUUUUAACACUGGGAAUCUUGCAUCACUUACGUCUGUCUCCCCCAAUGUCCAACCCAAUGACUUGCACUGAUUAUUAUUAUUUUUUUUUUAGUACUAUAUUAGAACAAAAAAAGAGGGAAAGGGACCGUUUUAACGUCCUCGCCCCAACUCCUCCCACAAACAAGGCUAAAAACUGGAUGCUGCAAUUCUAGUCUUUUUAAAGAGAGAAAAGUUUGCACUUAAAGAAGUUUAUUAGAUGGGACAAAAUGGAUUUACAAGUUUUUGUGUUGUGCUCACAGAUGGCUAAUACAGUAGAGGAAAGAAGAUUAAAAGUAUCUAUUGAACAUUUAUUUUAAUAUUGUGUUCAGAUUGAAAUGUGCUCUGUAUCAUAACUGUGUAUAUUGUAAUGAAUUAAUUUGCUGACGGAGGGUUGGGGAGGCCAAACUUACCAUUUCCCCCGUGGGAAGUUUUGUCAUGGAUAGUUAUAUUUCUAAAGCCUAAAGUAUACAUAAUAAUAUUAAAAAUAAUCUUGAAUACA